AUGGGAUAUACUAACUCUGCCGACGUCCUCGCGCUCAGAAUUGAAGACGAUCGUGAGGUAUCCCUCAAGCUAUGGAAUUUACAUUUGUUCUCAUCCGGGGCAUUCAGUAACGUAUAUCGCGGAUUCGCUGAGUCAGACACUAAUAUACCUAUGGAGGUCGUGGUCAAGAAAACAUGGUCCGGACCUCGGGAUGCGUCUUCACUAACAUGUUUCGAAAUUCAAAUCUUAAAAAUGUUAAGUCGCCUCAAUCAUCCGAACGUUGUCCGAUUACUUUACAGCUACCGUACACAAUACGCUGAUAAUACAUGCUUUUCACUGAUAUUCGAGUUUUUCCCACUGAACCUCUAUCAAUACCUGAAAAAGCACAAUCGCCGAAUUGCCAUCAUUGAAACAAAGAUGUUCGCAUGGCAAUUGUUCCGCGGACAGUACCAUUUGUUAAGGGCCGGUAUUUGUCAUCGUGACAUUAAACCGCAGAAUCUGCUCGUUGAUGAGAACACCGGCCUACUGAAAAUCGGUGAUUUUGGAUCGUCAGCAUUUGAGCCGAGAAAGACCCCUCAACCUAGCUACCAUGUGACAAGGUAA